AGUCUACGCUGAUCCUCACUGGCUUCUGCUAGGUCCAGCCUCGGAAUUGGCUGAAGACUAUGUAUUUCACUGAGACUGGACAUCCCUUUCACUGAAAGCAAAAAGUGUAGCAUCCUAAUCAACAUUUCCAUCAGUGCCUGAGCCCCCUGCCUUUCUGACUUCCUAAGAAUCUUCUCGGUCCUAGCAGGGGAUAUUGUCUGUCACAGUACUUUCCAAGAUAACAUUAGAUAAAGGCUCAAGUUUGAAUCAAAGUGUUUAUGAUAUUCUAGUAUUCCUGUUCCAAGCAAGAUAAAUAAAUCCAUUUCUAGACACAUCAUGGCAAAACCCUAGAACAGAUCUUAAAAGCAUCCAGGAACACUGAUUACCUCCCUCCAAAGAAAAGACAAUUAGAUUGACAACUAACUUCUCAUCAGCAACUAUAUAAGCAAGAAGAAAGAGAAAUAUUUCUUCAAGGUGCUAUGAGAAGUUAACUGUAAGCCUAGAAUUCUAUGCUCCAUGAAACUGUCUUCCAAAGAUGAAAUAAAAUACAUUUUCAGUCAAAAACUUACCCAAGGAGAAGGAAAGUGUUCCAGUAUGAAAGAUCUGAAAUAUGAUAAAUAUGUGCAUCAUCUAAACAAAAAGUACGUGUAGGUAAGUCUAAUAGGGUUCAGAGAAAGACAAAACUAAAAUACAUGAAAGCAGAUAAUUGUAAUUAGGGAGGUCAUUGAACUAAACAUAUUCUUUAUAUCAUUCAGGUAGAAAAUAAAUACAUUGAUUAACUUUAGACUUUGAUAUGUUAAUAACCUAUCCUAGAUUUCUAGAUUUGUAUAUCUAUUUUUAGUUAUAUAAAACGUAUAAAAAUAUCUGUAUCUAGAUGUAUAAAAUGUUUAUCUAAAUUUAUAUAUCUUUUUAAUGUUUAUAUUUAUUUUUGAGACAGACAAAGCAUGAGCGGGGGAGGGGCAGAGAGAGAGGGAGACACAGAAUCCGAAACAGGCUCCAGGCUCCGAGCUGUCAGCAUAGAGCCUGACGCGGGGCUCGAACUCAUCAACCACAAGAUCAUGACCAGAGCCGAAGUCAGACGCUUAACCGACUGAGCCACCCAGGUGCCCCUCUAAAUUUAUAUAUCUUAUAUACCUAUUUAAUAUAUCUAUAUUUCUACAUUACUACUAAAAAAUAAGCAGGAUAUAGUUUCUAAGCAAGAAUAUAAUCAAUCCAUAAAGAGACAACAUGGUGAGAGAAAAAAAAUGUAGGACCAAGAAAGUGUCCAAAAUAAGAUAGAGAUAAAUCUAAAUGUGUCAAUAAUUAUAUAUAAAUGUGUUAAAUGUCCCAGAAAAAAGACACUGUCAAACUGGAGUUUUAAAAAAAUAAUUCAGCCAUAAGCUGAUUAUAAGAGACAUCAGCAACCCUGGGAUAUAAGAAAGGAUAGGAAAGAUAUAUCAGGCAGAUACUAACCAGAAGAAAUCUGGUGUGGCUAUACUAAUAAUUACCAAAUUAGGGCUACUCUGAGUAACCAGACUGAUUCCAGAGUAUGUUAUUCACAGCCUCCCUGGAGUUGUACAACACGAUGGCCCUGGAAGUAGGCUUUAAAACAAAAAGCAUUACUAGAGAUAGAGUCACUACAUAAUUAUAUGUUUAGUUGAUUCUCUGGAAAAAUAUGAAGAUUCUAAAUUAUAAAUUAGUAUGUACCUAAUAACAUAACCUCAAAAAAUAUAAAGCAAAAACAUAACUAUAUGGAAAAAUAAGCCAGUAUUAUAAUGGAAGAUUUUAAUUGUUGAUAGGUCAAGUAACCAAAAACUCAAGUGAAAGGUUUAAGCAUUUAGUAAGGUUGGUGUAAUGGACAUCCAUUUAGAACACUGCACCGAAUAACUGCCCAUUCUUUUUGAGCACACAUGGAACUUUUUCAAAAAUUAACUAUACGCUGGAAAGUAGAGUCAACCUCACCAAAUUUCCAAGCAGUUAAGUUAGAAACUAAAGAGAUAACUAGAAGGUUCCUAUAUGUUUAGAAAUUAGCUCCUAGGUCCAAGAAGAAAUCAUAAAGGAAAUUUAACCUAAACAAUGAUAAAUACUGCAUAUCAAAAUGACAGAUACAGCUAAAACAGUACUUAAAUUUUAUAGUAUUAAAAUUUUAUUAGAAUGGAAGAAAGACUGAGAAUUGAGCUAAGCAUCUAUGUCAAGAAAUUAGAACUGCAAAAUAAAUCUAAAAAUAGAAGGAAAUAAAAUGUAUGUGCAGAAAUUGGGGAACCUGGGUUGCUCAGUCGCUUGAGCGUCUGACUUCAGCUCAGGUCAUCUCACGGUUUGUGGGUUUGAGCCCCACUUCGAGCUUGCUGCUGUCAUUACAGAGCCCACUUCAGAUCCUCUGUCCCCCCUCUCUCUAUCCCUCCCCAACUUGUGCUGUCUCAAAAAGUAAACAUUAAAAAAAUGUGCAGAAAUUAAAGAUAGGAUCAACAAAGCUGUAAGUUAAGUCUUAACACACACACACACACACAAAAAUUAACAGAUCUUGGCAAGACUAAUUAAAACACAUACACAAGAAAUCAAAAGGAAGAUACCAUGAUAGAUACUGCAGAUAUUUAAAAAUUAGAAGAUACACUUAACUUUGUUAAAUGUGACAGUAGAGGGAUUUGUUUAGAAGACCUAAAUCCACAACUUGGGAGCAAUGGAAGAGGAGAAACAAUAAGCUGGAAAGCCCACAGAGGCACUGAACAAUUUAGCAGAGCUGAAAAAGUUGAAUCCUGAGCCAAUGGUGGAGACAGCCAGUGCUAAGCAAACCAAUUUACAUUGUGUAAUUCCCCAAUAUGGUAGUUCCAGAUGACCAUUAAGGGAAUUGGGAGUGAAAGAAGGGUUACUGAAGGUUGGGUGUGUCUGUUAGAUCCCCUCCCUACUUUGGGCAGCUGGUGACUGUCCCUCCCUUGCUCUCUCAGCCCAUUCAAGAUUUAUUCUCAAGAGAGAAAAACGGUUUAUGCUCUGGAAGUCAGAAACAUAACUGAGGAUGAAAGUACCAUAAGGGGGUUAAGUGAGUAGUUACAUUCUGAAUGUUCUCUGCCAUCUUGGGCUCCUAGAAGUCUAGCACCCAGGAGAUUGGAAAUCUUCUCUGGGGAAUCUUGAUUAGCCCAAAAGGAAAGACGUAAAGAAGUAUUUUAUGACAUAAAGCAUCAUUUUAUGAGACUGGCAUAACUCUGUCAAGGAUAGUAAGAGAAAAAAUUACAUGUGAAUCACACCCAUAAGCAUAGAUGCGAAAGUCCUAAACAAAUUAUAAACCAAAUCUGCAAUAUAUGAAAGAAUAAUCUUCAUAACAACAUAUUUAAUAAAAGCGAUUUCCCAAAUAAAAUCAGGAUCAAGUGGGGUGAAACAAACAGCAUUGCAUAUGUCUUCUCUGCUGGAGAUAAAGGGAAAUGAGCCAAAGGUUUAACCAGAGACCUGAAUUGGAGGAACUUGCUAAUGUUUGGGUGACCACUGAGCACAGAAAUAGGAAGGUGUGACUGGGAACUCUUUAACUGAUACUCUGACCUCUGGAAAGUCUUUGCCAGCCAGGAUGACUCUGGAGACAUGUAGAGUCAUGCUGACCCUACACUUCCAAGAAGCCAAGACCUGAUAAUGAGACAUGCCUUCAGGAUGUGGUUGUGGACCCAUCUGCUUGAUCCAGCUUGUCCUUAAAGAGCAGCUUAAUUUUAAUUUGCUGCUGGCAGAGCCAGGGCCCUUGUGCUCUAAUUCCUUCAGUCACAUGGUGUGUGUGAGCAUUGCUGCUGACUCCAGCCGUAGGCUUCGGUCAAGUGGGACUUCUUUAAGUAAUUCCAGAUGAGCAUUCCCAUGUUUAGGACAACUUGUCUGAACCAUUGUUGCUGCUCUUGACGCUGACUCUUCCUCCCUGUGGCCUGUGAUACAAUUUGAUUGAAACCUAGGAAUAAACCAGCCAGAGUUGUUUUUGUUUCCCUUUUCAAACUCCUAGCCUUCUCCGCAUUACCACAAAGGGAAAAGAAGAAAGGGAGGGAGCAAAUGUUCAAUUCCUACCAGCUGCAGUUAUUUGGGAACAGGACUGUGGAGGUGGUGAGCCCAUCUGUGCUCCUCUCUCUCAGUGCAGUUUGAAUACUAAUUGCUCUUUUUCACUUUGCUUACUCCUCUAGAACAACUCUAGUUCCAAGAAAAAAGAAAAAGAAAACCUCUAGUUCCAUAACUCCUCUUGAUGUGACGGAGCAUUCUCUGGAACCAUUUCUCAGGCUGCCCCAUGACGUGACCACAGACCUCAAGGAUGAGGGUGAUGAGCACACCAAGAGGAGACUGAGGGGAAACCUCCCACUACAAAGAGGCACACGUUAUCUUGAAGCUCCUGGAAGGGAAGAAAAGCCGAAGGAAGGAGCUCUCAAUCCCAUUGGUAUAAAGCUCUGAGGAGACCCACGCAUCUGAGCACUGAGGAUUCGGUUCGGGUCCUCGGCAGAUGGGUGUCAGUAUCAUCUCCUAGCCAGCAGGAUGGAUACCACGCCCUUAAAUUCCCAGAAGGAGCUGUCAGCCUGUAAGGAUAAAGACGAUUGUCAGGAAAAUGGAGUUCUACAGAAGGGUGUGCCUGUCCCUGAGGAUAAGGUGGAGUCUGGCCAAAUCUCCAAUGGGUACUCAGCAGUUCCAAGCCCUGGUGCAGAAGAUGACACUCAGCACUCCAUUCCGGCUGCCACCACCUCCCUAGUGGCUGAGGCUCAUCGAGGGGAACGGGAGACCUGGGGCAAGAAGAUGGAUUUCCUCCUCUCGGUCAUUGGCUAUGCCGUGGACCUGGGCAACGUCUGGCGCUUUCCUUACAUAUGUUACCAGAAUGGAGGGGGGAUCGGGUAUGCCAUCUGCAUCAUUGCCUUCUACAUCGCUUCCUACUACAACACCAUCAUGGCCUGGGCGCUCUACUACCUCAUCUCCUCCUUCACGGACCAGCUGCCCUGGACCAGCUGCAAGAACCCCUGGAACACUGGCAACUGCACCAACUACUUCUCCGAGGACAAUGUCACCUGGACGCUCCACUCAACAUCCCCUGCAGAAGAAUUUUACACGCGCCACAUCCUGCAGAUCCAUCGGUCUAAGGGACUUCAGGACCUGGGGGGCAUCAGCUGGCAGCUCGCUCUCUGCAUCAUGCUGAUCUUCACUGUGAUCUACUUCAGCAUCUGGAAAGGUGUCAAAACGUCUGGCAAGGUAGUGUGGGUGACAGCCACCUUCCCUUACAUCAUCCUUUCAGUCCUGCUGGUAAGAGGCGCCACCCUCCCCGGAGCCUGGAGGGGUAUUCUCUUCUACUUGAAACCCAACUGGCAGAAACUCCUGGAGACAGGGGUGUGGGUGGAUGCUGCCGCACAGAUCUUCUUUUCUCUUGGUCCUGGCUUUGGGGUCUUACUGGCUUUCGCUAGCUACAACAAAUUCAACAACAACUGUUACCAAGACGCCCUGGUGACCAGUGGGGUGAACUGCAUGACGAGCUUCGUUUCUGGAUUUGUCAUCUUCACGGUGCUCGGGUAUAUGGCAGAGAUGAGGAACGAAGAGGUGUCUGAGGUGGCUAAAGAUGCAGGCCCCAGCCUCCUCUUCAUCACAUAUGCAGAAGCCAUAGCCAACAUGCCAGCGUCCACAUUCUUUGCCAUCAUCUUCUUCCUGAUGCUAAUCACACUGGGCCUGGACAGCACCUUUGCAGGCUUGGAGGGGGUGAUCACAGCUGUGAUAGACGAGUUUCCGCACAUCUGGUCCGAGCGCCGAGAGUGGUUUGUGCUUGGUGUUGUCAUUACCUGCUUCUUCGGAUCCCUGGUCACCCUGACUUUUGGAGGGGCGUACGUGGUAAAGCUGCUGGAGGAAUAUGCCACAGGCCCUGCAGUGCUCACCGUUGUACUUAUAGAAGCAGUUGCUGUCUAUUGGUUUUACGGCAUCACUCAGUUCUGCAGUGAUGUGAAAGAAAUGCUUGGCUUCAGCCCUGGAUGGUUUUGGAAGAUCUGCUGGGUAGCCAUCAGCCCUCUGUUUCUCCUGUUCAUCAUUUGCAGUUUUUUGAUGAGCCCACCACAGCUACGACUUUUCCAAUAUAAUUAUCCUCAGUGGAGUAUCAUCCUGGGUUACUGCAUAGGAACCUCGUCUUUUAUCUGCAUCCCCACAUAUAUAACGUAUCGGCUGAUCAUCACUCCAGGGACAUUUAAAGAGCGUAUCAUUAAAGGUAUCACUCCCGAAACACCAACAGAAAUUCCCUAUGGGGACGUCCACUUGAACGCCAUAUAAAACACUUCACUGAGAGGAAAAUGGCUUCCCAACAACCUCUCCUCUGGUUCUGACUAGUCAUGCCUCGCCUUCUCCCCUCUGAGUCAGAGUUUCCAGCUAAGCCUGACAAUGGAAGGGCCUUCUUCACGGAGAGACAGUCCCAAAGACUAUGGUGCCCAGACUGUAAUGGCCUCCAACUACUUCUUUCUGUGAAAUCUCCCCGACAUAUUACGUUAGCUCUGUGACAUAGCUGAACUGGACUAUUUUGGAUGUGCGAGGGUGUGUAUGGAGGUGAUGAAAACCACCAUCUAGUCAGUUAGGAUUAGGUUUAGAAUCAAGUUUGUAAAAUUUGUCUCAUGUAUCAUUUCUUGUUAUUAUCAUUGGUAUCUGACAUCCAUUUGCUUCUAAAGGUUUCACUGUCAUGAAUGCAUAAACCACGUAGGAGAAAACAGGGAUGCUGUUUUGCUAGCCAUAUAUUUUCUGAAUAGCAUAGAAUUCUGUAGCUGGAAUCUACUAGAACCCUUUAACCUGUGUGCUGCUGUGGAGUCAGGAGAGGAAGAUGUAGAAACUAAACUCAAAAAUAAUGUAUACAUGUGAGCAUGUGUGUCUGUGUAUACUGUUGUUUCAGUGUAUCCUUAUCUCUAUUCCAAUACUUUGGGCCCAUUUCAAACUAUAUGAAUUUCCUUUAAUUUUUCUUACAUUAACAAAUUCCACCUACUCAAAUGUGUAUGUAUGUUAUUAUAAGGGUAUAACUGCUACACAUGUUCUGUCACCUUCUCCUUUUCCUAUGACACUACUGUAGCCACACACCUUCCUUUAUGGGUCAGUGUUCAGCGUUUGCUGCACUUCAUUGCCAUCUUCCUGUCUCUGCCAGCUAAACAUUCAGGAUAACAUUCCACAGGCAAAUCUGGCCUAUUUCAUCAGUGACUGUGGCUUGGCCGUGAACUGCUUUGAAGAUGGAUACUGACAAAUGCAUCUUCAGUGCUCAGUUAACUAUCUGGUUUAAGCUCUGUUUCAAAUGACUGGGUUACUUUGCUCUGUGAAGAGGAUAAGUCCAAUUCUUGCUUAUAGGAUAUAUAGGUCUGGCACCCUGACUAUAACCAAGGUCAUCCUUAGUCCAGAAGUAAUUGGAGACUUUGGGUUAGCCUUAAAUGGAACUCCCCCAACCCUUCCUGGUGACAAUCAGGACUGUGAGUCCUCCAGAUAAUUUCCCAAGAUUGAGUCUAAACUAAGUAAGGCUGAUUGGAAAAGGGUCAAUGAGUAGCUUUUCAUUUCACAUAAAGCCUUUAGUACAUAUCAAGUGAACUUGACCUUUUGUGGCUUGUGACUCUCAGAUGUGUAAGUAAAGAAGCAAAUUCACCUUGUAUAAGAUUUCCUCAUCAAAAUCUUAAAGGGAAUAAAGCCUAGUCAAUGAUAAAAGGACUCACUCAUCUAGCCCCAUAUCACUUCACUCCUCUAUAUAAAUCAAAUUUGAUUCUAACCUUAUAGAAAGAAGACCCAUAUAGCAGAGGCCUGGUUUUAUCCAAUUAUAGAUCUUCCUCUCUUGGCUUCCUUUCCCCAACAAUUUCUGCCCCAGACAUCUUCCUGUGUUCCCCCUACAUCCUUCUAUUUCUGAUUCUUUGCCUUUCUCAGCGGGAUAUUUUCCAUAUAGAUGUGAGCUGCUGAGAAGUUUCCCGAAAUAUUAGAGGAAAAGAGAAGAGGGAUUAAAAAAUGUCCCUCACUGACCUACCUUCAUUAUCUUCACUCUUUCCUUCCUUCAUGCUACCGUAUUUCCAUUUUCUUUGCUUUCUUUCAAGCUGAAAGGAGAGGGAUUGUAUAAGUGGCAGCGUAUUCAGUGGUAAAUAGCUUUGCAAAUUUUAAGAACUACUUUAUAUUCAGAUAUGGAUUCUUUCCAUCCCACACACACUUAUACAUGCUUCAAAGAUAUUAUUUUUUAAAAAGCACUUUUUCAAACAAUUAGAGUUGGCCAAGCCAGGUAUUGAGGGAAUUAUAUAGGCAUUUUGAAAUGUUGUCAGACUUCACUGAACUUAAAAAAAAAAAAACAAAAAAAACCUCUGUUCUGCAUAGUUUGCAUUUCCUUGAGCCCUAUUUAUCAGUACUACUAUGGAUUUUUUUUAAAGGAAAACGUAGAAGUAGGGAGAUGGACUUUAAAACAAUCUUUUAAAGAUCUUUUACAUUUAAUGUAGUAUUUACAUAAAAGUAAAAAUAAAAAUGGAAUUGAAUUGUAAAGU